AUGGCGGCUGCCAUUUUUCCAGCCAAGGAACGGCCUGAACAGGAGCGUUUUCUUCCUAAUUUCCGGACUGUUUUCAGCUGCGUUCUCAGCUGUUUUUCAGCUGAGAAACCAACCGUUUAUAGGUCUGUUGGACGUCUGAUGCGGCCAUCUCCUGAGCCGUUUCUCGCCCGAUUUCACAUCUCCAUCGCUUCUCCAUUUCCGUCUCCCUCUCUCAAUCUCCCUCUCCCUUCUGAUCUCAACCCUCUCUCUCGAUCUCCCUCUCACUCUCCCUUCCUCUCUCUCGAUCUCCUUCUCCCUCGAUCUCCAUCUCUUUCAAUCUCCCUCUCCCGAUCUCAACCCUCUCUCUCGAUCUCCCUCUCAAUCUCCAUCCCUAUCUCGAUCUCCCUCUCGUUCUCUGUAAUAGGUGUGGAGCCUCUAGCACAAGUGGUGAAUGCGCCAGCUGCUGCAGAUCAGGGCCAAGCUGCUACUCCAGCAGUGGUCGCAGUGGUCAUUGCUCUAGGCCUUGUGCUAAUCUGCUUGCAGCUGCUAGGGCGAAGAAUCGUGGCCGUCGAGUUCUGUAAUGGCAUCAAUGACCUCAACAAUGUCAUCUUUCCGGAGGAGUUAGGAAGUCAAAUCCGCUCUCGAGGUUCACCAGGAAUGAGUUCAGGUCGACGAUUGGGGUCAAGUUCGCAACUCGGAGCUUGAACGUCGACGAGAAGGUCACCAAAGCUUAGAUUUGGGGGCACGACUGAGCAAGAGAGGCGAUCUUCUUCAAAACCCCUCUGUUUCCAUUUUUCUAAUCAGUGUUUUUUUUUAUAUCUUGGCAUGAUUUUGUCUAUGUGAAGCUGUAGAUGCUGAUCUGGGUUGGCAAGAAAUGUUCUUUCUUUUAUAGUAUUUAGAGCUUGAGAUCUGUAGCAUUUUCCUGAUUUGGAUUUUUGGGAGUAUUUUUUUUCUUAUUUUUUUAGUUAUAAAAUGGUAUAGAUCUGGAAUUAUUAGUUGA